UUAAGUCUUAGUACCAUCAAUAUGGCUACGACUAUGGUUUUUAAACACUCUCUUCCGCUGGCAAUGCUCGUCUUCCUCAUAGGCCUGCUGCCUCUUAACGAGCCAGCUGAGGUUGAUGAUAAUUGUAUCCCAGAUAACUUCAACAGUAGUUAUUUUGGAGACAAAUUCAUUUUUGGAACCGCUACUUCUGCUUAUCAGAUCGAAGGUGGAACAGAUCAAAUAGAAACGGGCAGAGGAUUAAGCGUUUGGGACACAUUUACCCAUGAUACUCCAGAAAGAAUAAAAGAUCAUACAAAUGGAGAUAUUGCAGUUGAUUUCUAUCAUCGUUAUGGAGAAGAUAUAAAAAAUGUAAAAAAGAUGGGUUUUAAAGCUUUUAGAAUGUCUAUUUCAUGGCCUAGAGUCAUACCCACUGGAAGGAUUAGCAAGGGAAAGAACCAGAAAGGAAUUGCUUUUUAUCAUCAAGUUUUGGAUAAAAUUAUACAAGAAGGUUUGGAGCCUUUUGUUACCAUUUUCCAUUGGGAUACUCCUCAAUUCCUAGAAACUGAGUACAGAGGCUUUUUAAGCCCUAAUAUUGUGGAUGAUUAUCGUGACUACGUGCGUCUUUUAUUUGAUGAAUUUGGAAAGAAAGUAAAGUACUGGAUGACUUUCAAUGAACCGUGGGCUCUUAGUGGGUUUGCCUAUGAUAAGGGAGUUUUUGCUCCUGGUCGAUGCUCAUCUUGGAUAAAUAGUCAAUGUCUUGAUGGAAAUUCAGCCACUGAACCUUAUAUAGUUGCACAUCAUCUACUCCUUGCUCAUGCUGCAGCGGUAGAAUUACACAGAUCACAAGAAUAUAAGAGCAAACUAAAAGAAGAUAGCAAAAUUGGGAUUACACUCUUCACUUUUUGGUUUGAACCUCUCUCCAAUAAAAGAGUUGAUAUCGAAGCAUCUGAAACAGCUCUUGAUUUUAUGUUUGGAUUAUGGAUGGAGCCUCUAACAUACGGUCGAUAUCCAAGGCGUGUCAAGAAUUUAGUUGGAGAUAAAUUGCAUUCAUUCACUGAAAGACAGUCUCAAUUACUUAAAAAAUCAUAUGAUUUUAUUGGAUUGCAAUAUUAUACCGCUUACUAUGCAAAACCACAUUUUCAAGUUGAGCAAGAAUUUAGUAGAUAUGAAACUGAUAGUCACGUGGAAGUAACUGCUUUGGAUUACAAGGAUAAACCCAUCGGUAAAAGGGCUUACUCACCUUGGUUUUACAUUUAUCCUAAAGGCAUCCGACAUCUCUUGAAGUAUACCAAAGAAAGAUACAGUGAUCCAUUAAUUUAUAUCACGGAAAAUGGAAUUGAUACUAAUGAUAUUGAAGGACAACCGGUUAAGGAAGCGGUUAAAGAUACAAUCAGAAUAGAUUAUUAUCGAAACCAUACAUGGAAUGUGCUAAGAGCAAUAAAGGAUGAUGAAGUUAAUGUCCAAGGUUACUUUGCAUGGUCAUACAUAGACAAUUUUGAAUGGAAUAUAGGUUAUACUUCAAGAUUUGGUUUAUACUAUGUAGAUUUCAAAGAUCCAAAGCUGCCUAGAACUGCAAAGGAUUCAGCUAUUUGGUUCUGCGAGUUCCUUAAAAAUAAGAAGUCAGAGCUAUGUAAACUGCGUCCAGAUGAUGCAGAUGUUCCUGCUCCUGCUCCUGCUCUUGCUCCGCCUCCGCCGCCUCUUCGUCCUAUUCAUGCUCCGCCGCCUCCUCCUCCUAUUCAUGCUCCUCCUCCUGCUACUCCUCCUACUCAACCGGGGCUUCAAAUGUGGACUCAAUCUUUUCCGUCUGAAUCAGAUAUUACUUCAGGGAGAUCAAGGAAAUUUGGCAAAUACUAUAUAUUUUGAAGGUGACAUGGUAUCAUUAAGUCUUGGACAACACUAGAACGCGGUUGUCGACAAUGCUUUACUCCGACAUGUUAAUUUGUGUUACCUUUGAGUUUCUUGCACUUAAAUAAUAUCACUGGACUACUGCUUAGCUCCAGUGAGCUUGCUUGUGUUGUAAUAAAUAUGUUGGUGAUGCAGUUUCCCUUGGGGAUUUCAUGCAUGCCUUGUGUAUGAUUAAGUACUGUUCUGUGAAAUAAAAGCUAUUGUCCUUUUGUGUUUAAA